AGCUAUUACGCCUCCAUCAUCCUUUGGGAGGGACCAGCGUACCCAAUACAGAAAUGCAGACCCAAAUGCGAAGCGCCCGGCGCUGCUUCAGCGGCCGCCAGGCUGCCUCGCGCCAGCUGCUGGUCCCUGCCAAGGGCGUUGCUUCUGGCCGCAGCCGGACGCAGGUUGCCGCGCGGGCUGCCUUCCAAAAGGUGCUCAUCGCCAACCGCGGCGAGAUUGCUGUCCGUGUCAUCCGCGCUUGCAAGGAGCUAGGCCUGCAGACCGUUGCCGUUUACUCCACGGCAGACAAGAACUCUCUGCAUGUCCAGCUUGCUGACGAGGCCGUGUGCAUCGGCGACUCGCCCUCCUCCGAGUCCUACCUCAACAUCCCCAACCUGCUGGCGGCGGCGGUCAGCCGGGGGGCGCAGGCGGUGCACCCGGGCUACGGUUUCCUGUCGGAGCGCGCCGAGUUCGUUGAGAUCUGCAACGACCACGGCCUGGAGUUCAUCGGGCCCAAGCCCGUGCAGAUUCGCCUGAUGGGCGACAAGUCCACCGCUCGUGACACCAUGAAGAAAGCCGGUGUGCCCACCGUGCCGGGCUCCGAGGGCCUCAUUGCGGACGAUGCGGACGCGCAGGCCACCGCGGACCGCAUCGGUUACCCCAUCAUGAUCAAGGCCACGGCGGGCGGUGGCGGUCGCGGCAUGCGCCUGUGCACCAAGGAGGAGGACCUGAUGACCCUCUACAAGCAGGCCCAGCAGGAGGCCGAGGCCGCCUUCGGCAACGGCGCCGUGUACAUGGAGCGCUACGUGCAGAACCCGCGCCACAUCGAGUUCCAGGUGCUGGCGGACAAGUACGGCAAUGUCGUACACCUGGGCGAGCGCGACUGCUCCGUACAGCGGCGCAACCAGAAGCUGGUGGAGGAGGCGCCCUCGCCCGCGCUGACGCCCGAGGUCCGCAAGGCCAUGGGUGACGCCGCCGUGGCCGCCGCCAAGGCCAUCGGCUACGUGGGCGUGGGCACCAUUGAGUUCCUGUGGGAGAAGAAGGGCUUCUACUUCAUGGAGAUGAACACCCGCAUCCAGGUGGAGCACCCCGUCACUGAGAUGAUCACGGGUGUUGACCUGAUCCAGGAGCAGAUCAAGGUGGCCAUGGGCGAGCGACUCACCUUCACGCAGGAGGACAUCAAGUUCAAGGGUCACGCCAUCGAGUGCCGCAUCAACGCGGAGGACCCCUUCCAGAACUUCCGCCCCGGCCCCGGCCGCGUGAGCACCUACCUGGCUCCCGGCGGCCCGCACGUGCGCAUGGACUCGCACCUCUACCCCGACUACCUGGUGCCGCCCAACUACGACUCGCUGCUGGGCAAGCUCAUCGUGUGGGGGGCGGACCGCAAGCAGGCCAUCUCCCGCAUGUCCCGCGCGCUGGACGAGCUGGUGAUCACGGGCGUGCCCACCACCGCGCCCUUCCACAAGCUCAUCCUCAAGACGGAGGCGUUCAAGGCGGGGGAUGUUGACACUGGCUUCAUCCUGAAGUACGCUGACGAGCUCAAGGAGCCCCCACCGACCCCCAAGCUGCGUGCCUACAUGAGCGACCUCAUCAAGUCGCGCAAGACCAAGUCCGUCAAGGCCUAAGCUGAUGCAGCUGCAGUCGGGCGCAUUGGGCCGCUGGUGCUACGAGGAAGUGACGAGGUCGAGGGAUGGAGAGUUGCGACGAAUGACCUUGCCACAUCUUACUGGACAGAAGCUAGGGCUACUUCUUGGUGUUUUGGGUGCUCGGAGGAAGAAUGUGGGGGCCAAGGGAAUGCGACACAUCUGACCGGUCUUGGUCGUGCGGUUUAGCGGCUAUUCGUGAAGGGCUAGAUGUACGGCACUCGUAUCCCAUGGCUGUACCGUACGCAAAGCUUCAUAGGGGAUAUCGGGUGUCUGGCUGAAUAUAAACCUUUGGGCGAUGAUUAUGGGAACAUGGUUGGGGAUAAGUGACGGGUGCCUCUUGUGGUCGUGUGUGCACGCAAAGUGCACCAGAAACCCAUGCGACAUGCAGGAUUGAGCUAACCGAAUGCUGCCGCGUAUUUGGGGUGCCUUCGGCGGAGGGCACGGGAGGUGUUCGUAUGCGCGAUGCUUCUUAUGUACCCGAGUCCCACGCCCUUUUUGGUGCCGCAUGCGCGUAGCUGCGGCUUUUCCUUUGUGGCGUGGUUGACCCCAUUGCUUUUGCCAUAAGCUACGUGCUGAAUCAUAUAUAUGCUGUGUGCGUGUUUAGCACGAUUGGGGGCGGGGAAAACGGUGGGCAAAAGGCCCCAUGCAUUGAUGGCGGGGGUGGGCCCUAUCGAAUGUGUACCUGAACCCAUCUGCACGGCCGCGCGCACGUACCUACUGAUGCAUAUUGUUUAGCCACCUAACCAAUGCCC